GUCGAUUGGCUCCCAGAGAAAAAUAUCAGAUGUCGACCGGUACCGCCGAUUCGCAGGCCCUAUUCUCUUUUGAAGUGCUGCCGGCUUCGGAUUCUGCCGAGCCCAGUGUUUCGAGUGUCACCAACGACCUAAACAUCUUAAUAAAAAACAAAUGGAUUACUGCCGUUUCCCAAAACAAUUACUCCUUGAUGUUGGAUGAAACCUAUGGGUUCCGGGAGACAGAGCUUCCAUGGGAAACAUACAAACUGCAAUUAAUCGCUGCCGGGGCAAUUUUGGCGAUUCUGAUAUUAAUAUUUGUACAAGUGCAAAUAAAAUAUUACGACGUCGCAAAAUUGGAAAUUCUGAACGCGCCAUUCUCUCUGAAAGCCGAAUAUCUGAUAUUCUGGUCUACCAUUUCUAUACUUUUCAUCGAAGACAUACCACAACUUACAAUUCAGAUAUUAUACCUGACUUUGGCGAUUGAAUACGACAUAGUCUCACUGUUAACCUUGGCAUCGUGCAUCAUAACAAUAUUACAAACUAUGCUGAUGGCAUUGUAUAGAACGAUCCGAAGCAGAAAGCAAAUAUGCAUAAUAGAAAAACUCGGGGAAGACGAGAAAAGUUUGGACACCAGGUCGCAUCCGUCCGAUGAAUCUACGCAGACCGCGUCUAAUUCAAAGCUAGGAAAAACAAGUAUUAACAAAUUUGGUCACGCGAUGAUGACUGUCGAAUGCGAAUCGGACACGUACGUGCCGGAACACAUGUCACAAUCGGAUGGAACGACGUCAAGACUCCUGAGGAGGGGUGGGUCGUGCAACGAUUUUUUAUAUCACCCGUGUGAGGUGCAGGGAAUGAUCAUACAACCGAGGCCAAAAAGUUGGGAUGACAUUGUGAGGAAUAAUGGAGAGUUUGAGGACGACGAGACGGUAGUUAUCAAAGAAAAUGAGAGCAUAAAGAAAGUUUCUGUGAUCGAGAACAAUGAGGGUGCGCACAAUGAACAAACGGGCAUUGUUAUUACUGUUGGAAGCUAUGGCGAUGCUGUAAUACCGGAAAUAAGUGAAAACGAGAAUCCAAAGUUAGAUACCUAA